UUCGGGUUCGUUUCCGACUGGCGGCUUGUCUUCUAUGGUAACGGGGCAAAGGGAGCGGUGGGGCGGGCGGUCUGAGCCCGGGACAUGUCAGCUUUUUGUAGCCGCACAGUUCAGUUCAAGUCCUACUCUAGGAUUAGGCAGUCCCAAUGGAGCUGACAUCCCAGAGAACUGGAGGUACACUGCAGUAAUGUUAAAGACAGAUGCUGAAGUGAGUUGGGUUUAUGGUACUGGUGCACCAUGUAUUCAGAGUGGCGGUCUUUGCAGCUCGUCAUUCAGAGUGACCGAGGUCACAUGAGUGUUCUGCAUAGCUACCCCAGUAUUGUUGGCAAAGAUGUGGCUCUUGCUGUAGUACGUCCUCUGGGACAGGGACUCAACAGUUCUGCAGGCAACAAUGAAAGCAUUCUAAAAACUGACAAAGAGGUAAAAUGGACCAUGGAAGUGCUAUGUUAUGGACUGACUCUGCCUCUGGAUGGGGAUACAGUGAAACUGUGUGUGGAUGUCUACACUGAUUGGAUAAUGGCUCUGGUAUCUCGACGUGAUUCUAUCCCUCAGCCCAUUAUCAAAGAACCAAAUUUAUACGUGCAGACUAUUCUCAAACAUCUACAGAAUCUGUUUGUUCCCAGAACAGAGUACGCUCACAACCAAAUCACGUUGUGCCUGCGGGUUCUUGCGGCCGUUCAGAAAUUGGCUCAUGAGUCUGCUAUAAUGUCCAGAGAAACCUGGGAAGUACUACUGCUUUUCCUGCUGCAAAUUAAUGACACCCUUUUGGCAGCUCCAACAGUCUCAGGUGGUCUGGCAGAAAAUCUCGCUGAUAAAUUAAUUGGUGUACUCUUUGAAGUCUGGUUCCUGGCUUGUACACGAUGUUUCCCAACGCCGCCUUACUGGAAGACAGCUCGAGAAAUGUUGGCCAACUGGAGACACCACCCAGCUGUGGUAGAGCAGUGGAGCAAGGUCAUCUGUGCACUGACGUCUAGGCUGUUGCGGUUUACGUAUGGUCCUUCCUUCCCUCCAUUCAAAGUUCCAGAUGAAGAUGCAAGCCUCAUUCCCUCAGAAAUGGACAAUGACUGUGUUGCUCAGACAUGGUUCCGUGUCUUACACAUGCUCAGCAAUCCAGUGGAUUUGAGUAAUCCAGCCAUUAUAAGCACCACGCCAAAAUUCCAGGAGCAGCUGUUGAACGUUAGCGGGAUGGCUCAGGAAAUGAUACAACAUCCGUGUCUCAAGCAGCUGCCUCAGAUCUUCUUCAGAGCCAUGCGUGGCAUCAGCUGCCUGGUGGAUGCCUUUCUAGGCAUUGCAAGGAUCAAUAUCAUUCGGGAAAGGUUGCCCCCUUAUGGUAUUUCCCGGCCCCGUUCUGACAGUGCUCCUCCAACGCCAGUGAAUAGGCUAAACAUGCCACAGGCAAGCAAUACGAUGAACACAACUCCCCCUCACAGCAGGAGGAUGCGCUCCGUUACUGUUACCAAGGCAACUGUUAAAACAAGCUCAGGAAGUACUGCACAUCCUCCCAAAAUAACACAUCAGACCUCCAGCACUUCUCCAUUAUCUAGCCCGAACCAAACAAGCUCGGAGCCAAGACCUCUACCUGCUCCAACCCGCCCCAAGGUCAACAGUGUAUUGAAUCUCUUUGGUCAGUGGUUGUUCGAUGCAGGCCUGGUUCACUGCAGACUGCACAGUGGCAUAAACAGGGAUGGCACUAUGACAGCAUCUUUUAUCCAAAUUCUUCUUUCUUAUAAAUCUUGUAUUACAACUCCAGCAGGACUGGAUGUCCGACGGAAGCCCUCCCAGAUAUCCACUGAGAACAUGGUUGCCAACCCGCUCUUCGAUGCGAAUGAAUUUCCAGAUAACUACGAAGCAGGAAGGGCGGAGGCAUGUGGGACACUUUGCCGAAUUUUCUGCAGUAAGAAAACAGGCGAAGAGAUCCUUCCAGUGUACCUCUCCAGAUUCUACAUGGUGCUGAUCCAAGGUCUUCAGAUCAAUGAUUUCAUCUGUCGCCCUGUUCUGGCCAGCAUCAUCCUGAACUCUCCUGCAUUAUUUUGUUCUGAUCUGAAAGGCAUCGAUGUUUUAGUUCCUUACUUCAUUUCAGCUCUGGAAACGAUCUUGCCUGACCGAGAACUGUCAAAAUUUAAAGCAUACGUCAAUCCCACUGAACUUAGAAGAGCUUCAAUCCACAUUCUGCUGUCAAUGUUGCCACUCCCCCACCACUUUGGGACAGUUAAAACAGAGAUGCUUUUGGAAGGAAAGUUCAGCAGUGAGGAAUCUUCUUCGCAUGACAAACCGGUUACCUUUCUCUCUCUGAAGUUGAGGCUUGUCAAUGUGUUAAUUGGUGCCCUUCAGACUGAAACAGAUCCCAACAACACACAGAUGAUUCUAGGCGCCAUGUUAAAUAUUGUUCAAGAUUCUGCUCUUUUGGAAGCAAUUGGUUCUCAGACAGAGCUGAGCGUUGGUGAUAGCACUCACACGUCACUGAAGAGUCACAGCCGAAACAGUAGCGGUAUCAGUAUGACCAGUACUGGCAGCUCUGAGGCUACGACACCGGAUAGUGAAAGGCCUGCACAAGCACUCCUGCGGGAUUAUGCUCUUCAUACAGAUACAGCGACGGGACUGUUGAUUCGAAGCAUCCAUUUGGUAACACAGAGACUGAACUCCCAGUGGAGACAAGAUAUGAGCAUCUCACUGGCAGCACUUGAAUUACUCUCUGGGCUGGCCAAGGUAAAGGUGAGUGUGGACUCAUCAGACCGAAAGCGUGCCAUCAGUUCUGUGUGUGGCUACAUCGUUUACCAGUGUAGCCGGCCUGCACCAUUUCAUUCCCGAGACCUACACUCCAUGAUUGUGGCAGCCUUUCAGUGUCUCUGUGUCUGGCUCACAGAACAUUCGGACAUGCUAAAUGAAAAGGACUGCCUGAUUGAGGUGCUGGAGAUUGUGGAGCUGGGUAUCUCAGGAAGCAAGUCAAAGACUAGUGAUCAGGAGGUGCGAUACAAGGGAGAUAAGGAGCUGAACCCUGCUUCAAUGCGGGUGAAGGAUGCUGCUGAAGCUACACUUACUUGUAUAAUGCAGAUACUUGGAGCAUUCCCCUCUCCUAGUGGGCCUGCCUCACCAUGCAGUCUUCUGAAUGAAGAGACACUAAUUAAAUACUCCAGGUUGACCUCAACCAGCAAGAACCACUUCAGAUACUUUGUCUUGGAUAACAGCAUCAUCUUAGCAAUGCUAGAACAGCCCCUGGGCAAUGAUCAGAACCCUUGCCCAUCCGUUACUAUGCUGCUCCGGGGAAUGUCUGGAAGGCAUGCGUGGACCAUGCAGCUCCAUCACCAGCCAAGAGGAUCUCGAGCAAACCAAAAGGCAUUUGUUCCAGAACCUCAUCCCACUCCAAAAGAUAACGUAGGAAUCAAGUACAAUGUCAAACAUCGACCUUUCCCUGAGGAAGUAGACAAAAUUCCAUUUGUCAAAGCUGAUCUUAGCAUUCCAGAUCUCCAUGAGAUUGUUACUGAUCAGAUGGAAGUUCAACAUGAGAAGCUGAAGAAGCUGAUGGAAAAUCAAAUUAUUUAUGAAAAUGCAUUGGAAAAAGUCAGUGAGGAGAAACUGUCCAAAACUACGUUCCCUGAUCCAGACACUGAAUGCACCCCCCCUCCACCAGCCCAGGAGUUCCAGACUGCUCGUCUUCUACUCUCCCACUUUGGGUUCCUUUCUCUGGAAGCACUGAAGGAGCCAGGUAAUAGUCGUCUUCCUCCUCACCUUAUUGCACUAGACUCCACUCUGGCUGGGUUUUUUGAUGAUAUCAGCUACUUGGACUUGCUGCCGUGCAGACCAUUCGAAACUGUCUUUGUAUUUUAUAUGAAACCAGGGCAGAAAACCAGUCAGGAGAUCCUCAGGAAUGUGGAAUCCUCCAGCAAUGUGCAGUCCAAUUUCCUGGAAUUCCUCUUGUCAUUGGGAUGGCCAGUGGAUGUUGGAAAACACCCAGGCUGGACUGGCCACAUCUCGACUAGCUGGCUCAUUAACGCAGACAGUGGCAAUGAAGGGAAAGAACAAAGGGACAUGUUGAUGGCAGAAGAUACUGGCGGAGGUGUUUUUAAUGGGGAGAAGAACGUGCUGUAUUAUGCCGAUGCCUUGACAGAGAUUGCCUUCGUUGUUCCCUCUUUUGUGGAGUCAUCCACUGACUCUUUGGAGAGUGGACUUGCGAUGCAAGAGACUGAGACACAGAUGGACCUGCUGCCAAGUCUGCUGAAACAAGCCCCACUGACCUUGGAGCUCUUCCCGAACCAUUCUGACAACCUUGGCAAUUCACAAAGGCCAAGUCCAACACAGAAAACCAAGAAACUGCCACUUGGCCGCACAGUACCCCCACUGGGCCCUGAAACCAAGGUUAUUGUGGUGUGGGUUGAACGCUUUGAUGAUAUAGAAAAUUUUCCUCUGAGUGACUUGCUGCCAGAGACCAGCACUGGAGUGGAGACCACUACGAACAGUAGCACUUCUCUCAGGACCACGGCCUCAGACAAGGAUGUACCUGUCAUUUUCAUCCACCCUUUGAGGACGGGUCUAUUCCGAAUCAAAGUGCAAGGAGCCACGGGGAAAUUCAGCAUGGUGAUCCCACUGGUUGACGGGAUGAUAGUGAGUCGACGAGCUUUAGGGUUUUUGGUCCGACAGACGAUUAUAAACAUUUGCCGACGGAAGAGACUGGAGAGCGACUCCUACAACCCGCCCCAUGUGCGUAGGAAGCAGAAGAUCGCUGACAUCGUCCAUAAAUAUCGCAACAAGCUGCUGGAACCAGAGUUUUACACCUCGCUCUUUCAGGAGGUGGGACCAAAACACCUGAACCCGUAGGCAAACGAUCAGAGAUCCGUGCAGAGAGUAUUUAUAAGCUAUUUUACUACUUAGACAGGCACUUGGCCACUGAAGAAUGUGAUGCGAAGUACCGACUGGUAUCCGGAGUUCUGGAAAGCAGUAUAUCCCAGCUGGUUCUGUGUAAAUGUGUAUUAAGGACGUAAACUUGAUUUUUGAGAAAUAUAUAAAGCCCAUUUUAUACUGAACUUCAAGACAGCCUUACUGAACAUAACCAAAUUUGUGUACAGUACCCAGAAUGUGUAUUAUGUAUUGUAUCUUUGAUCAGCUGUAUGGCACAGUGUGCACUAGUGCUACUGUCUUAGCACGUUGACUCUGCACUCAAUCCUGCACGGGUAGACUGUUGUGAAAGGGAAGUGACUCUGGGGCAGUCUCAGUCCAGGGAACAGUAGGAGUGACUCAUGUUUGGCACCAAAACUAAAGGGAAUGGGACUGGUGCUGGGAGGAGGAAGAAAUAUCCUAGUCAUUUGUUGGCUGAGAUCAGUGACUUUUAUGAAGACACCAAAUUGAUUAAGAGUUGAAUUCCUGAUGCCAGGCAAUGUGCUUUCUGUAGACUGGCAGACGCUUGUCCUGCAGCCACCCCAAUGGUGGUAACAUGAGAUCACUUGGCACAACACCUAGUACAAUUGGAGGAUAUCAGUGUGCCUUCACCAUGUCCUGCAAGCAAUGAGGAAGUGCACUGCUAGUAAAAGAACAGUAAGCGGAAUGAAGAGUAACUGAGGAAUAUAGAGAGGGGUGGAGGCUGUGGAAGUGAGGAGGUUCACACAAGACAAUAAUGAUAAUGGUCCUUUGCAUCCCAACUCUGUGAUUCUUCCUCACUAAAUCCCCACCCCUUGUCAGAAAUUAAACACCACUCCUGAACUUAAUUUUGUAAUUGACCUUGAGAUGUAUUUGCAGAUAUAUUACCCUGGCAAUCAAUCUGAGUCAAGUUCCUGAACAGCUAGCUGCUGUGGAUUACCAUUGAGGUAUCUUGUGGCUUCUCAUUUUGAACCUCUGCUCUGGGACCUUGCGAUGGUUCUGCAUCAGGCAUCUCAGGAAGCUGUUCUCCAAGAGGCAAAUUUCCUUUCUUCCCAGUAAAUCUGACUAAGAUCAACUUUAGCUGCAAAAUCAUGCAAUAAAAACCACCAACCAAGGCUGUAGUUUAAAAACUAAAGUGACCCUAAAAAUCCCUGACUUGUUCGGAAGCCUCCCACGCAAUUAGUAUUUCAUUAUUUUUCAUAAAUCACAGACCAUUUAAAAUGCUUUUACCUUUUUUAUCUCCGUUCAAUGUUACUUUAACUUGAGUCUUCUCAUCCCAUUUGAGGAAAUAAUGGUUACUUUUGAAGGUGUCUCUGUUUGCAAGUAUUUAAUUUGUCAUUGGAACCAUGUUACAAGUUACACAAACUAUCAUUUUCCAACCGAAGGUCUAGUAAAGUAAAGGAUGAUCAGUGUCAUGAGAGAGGUCACAUGUUAUUGAGCCAGUUUUGACACUUACCGUAUCCAUCUUAAACAUCACCAGAAUUAAAGAACACGCUGCUCACUGUAUGUGCAUUUUAUUCCAUCACUGGGACAGGGAGCAAUCAGAAACAGCUCGCAAGUACUGUUACUGUAGAUGCCCUAUGGGGGAAAACAGGAAUUCAAUGUAUCGUUCCCAGAAACAAGAAGUCCGUAGUUGCUCCUUGGUGGUAAGCAGACAGGAGUGACCCAGGUUCCAGCUGAAUGAUUGAUACAUCGGGUCUUGGUGAACUACUUCGGUAGACCUCUCAGUGGCUCAGGUUAAGCUGAUAAACAAUCAUUGGUUUUAUAUUUCCUCUGGCUUUGGUUUAGCCUUGAAAAGACUCCCAUGAUGUGGGGUGAGAUUAUAGUGAGAUGUGCAAUGCAUUGGGAGUAAAGAAGAUCUGGAGAUGUUGCAGAGAAAAAAAAUUGUCAGUGCAGAACUGCACUGUUUUCACUUUGCACAUACAGUAACUAGAAUCUUAAUGUGUGCCUGCCAAACAUAUCAUCAAUACUUACAGCCAGCACCAACCUGGGGGGCAUGCUGGAGUCAGCCAAAGGGAGAAAUGGUUAGGGGCAGGCACUAGCAAGAGCUACAGGUAGCUUGCCAUUAGCCUCACUGUGUGGGGUCUUUGUAUCUUCACUUUCUCUUCACAAUGGUGCUUUUAGUUUGUGAAACUGUGUGUUUUUAAAAAUUACUUUUUCAUAAUUUUGUUACUCUAUGUCACCUUCCUCACCCAAUUUCCAAACAUCAAUGUAGCCAACAGCUGUAAAGUAACUGAAAAGCAAAUCCGGAUCCAUUUUGUAAAAUGUCAUAGGAUGAAUAAUUCAAAGCCUAGAUUGUAUUCAUCAGUCUAUGAUUAUCUCAUUUAAUGAGUUGUGUUGUGUGCAGUGACAUAAUUCUGGUUUCAGUGGGAAAGAAGUUACAUUUUGCCUGUAAGUAACUCAAACUUUUGUGUUUGCUUCAAGUCCCGUUAACAGAUUUUAUUCAGUCUCUCAACUCCUCAGAACAAGACCCUGACUUCAGAUAUUCCAACGAGCUAGAGUGCAAUUAAAUCAGCAGGUCAGUUCCUCAAAUAAAAUCAAAACAGCUUUUGAAGUUCAGCAUUUGGUAAACUAAAAAUUGUCUACUUCGGGAGAUGUGCCACAGCUGGGUGAUUAAGCUAUUCCAAGCCUUUGAGAGGCUGUUUCUGAUGGUGUUAAAUCCUACCACUGCCCUCCCCCUCCCUCUGAUCCAGGGGUUCCCACGCUGGGGUCCAUGGACCUCUUGCUUAAGGGUUUUAGUCCAUGGCAUAAAGAAGGUUGGGAACCCCUGCUCCAAUCCAAGAAACUGGACAGUGAGACCAUGUGGUCAGACCUUAGCAAACCUAAUCUGACACAAUGCAACUCUCUGCUGCUGCUUGUAUUAAAGCAAUGUUUGAAAAUUCCAGUCAGGCUACUGGGUCUUUGCUGAUACAGUAUUUCCAGAGCCUGGACAGAAACCAAUCAGCUCUGCUUCUUAAACCAUUCCCAGUGAUCCACCAUUUAACUAAAAAGUUACUGUACUUGUGUGUGUGUACCAGAACUGAUGAGACACCACCCUGUUGGUACUUAAUUUUUCAAAUGUUAUCCCCAGUCACUGAAGCAGGACACUGUGUCCAUCUACCCCUGACCCAGAAGCCCAUCAUUCCCUCCUUGUUUCACUCCACUCUCUGACUAUGCUGGGAGGUGGAGUGGAGGGUCUCACUGAUACUUGCCCAUUGUGGCUUUUGUGUUAGCUUGCCGUGUGCAGUUGGCAGCCACACUUCCUGCACUGCAACACUUCACACUUACGUCUUUAGCUCCAGCUCUUAAAAACUCUUAAGCGCUUGGGGUAUGAAAAAUAUUCUAAAAACACAAGAGCUUUUCUCCCACUGUCCAGUGUCUUUGGGACUCAGCACAGGGUUUGACCAUGGUUUGGAACUUUGGUCAUCUUGAGUCAAUUAAUGGAUUCAGAACCAGCGUCAUUGUGUUUUAUGAUCCCUGCACCCCCGCUUCCCCAGGAAUACUGAAUCCCAUUAUCCACAGUAGGUAGCCCCUCAGAAACCUCUACAUUUUAUGUGUGGCUGCCUCUUUGCGGUGAGUAUGUUGUUCCAGAGUUAAAACCAGAUUCCAGUAUGCUUCACUCAAACUGGCCUUAGUGAGCUAACAGUGAGGCGAGCAAGGAGCACAGGAUCACCCUGGUCACUGUCAGGACCUGUCUGCGGUUCAUGGUCAUCUGCAGGGUCAGCCCUGUGUGAUCAGUGCAGCACAGGUGUGUGUAUGUAGCAGUCUGUCAACAGAUAAAACUCUGACCAGAUUCUGGUCACGUCCAUGACCCUCAAUGAAGCAGGCACAGUUGUGAUACAUUCUGCUUCUUGCCAUCCUGCCUGCUGACACUCGCAUGUUAAUGACUGCAGGGGUCCUUCAGGAGCCAGGGAGCCUGGUAGGUUGGGAACAAUACGAUAUCGUGGGAGCUCUUCACUCUGUGAGAUCUGCUCACCAAAACAAUUUUAAACUUUGCCUGAGAAUAAAAGUUCCCAAAGGUCGAACUUUACUGUUAGAAAUUGGCUGACUUGCCUUGAAUUCAUGUGUUGGUUGUGUUGUACAGAAAUUGAUGUUGGUUUAAGGAGAGGUGGGGAGACUACCAUUUAUUCCUCAUUCUAUCUGGAAAUGCUGCCUUCAUAAUUGGAAUGUACAGCAUGGGACAGAGCCCAUCUUCUUGCUAGUCUUCUGCCCACAGGCCAUCUUCUUCUCGGCAAUGUAAAACACAAACAGUGAAAAUGGUGAGAGAAUAUUCCAUGGAAAGAAAAACAGUUUACAUCAAAGACCUUUCGUAAAAGUUCACCAACUUUAACUCUUAAACCAUCAGACAUGCAGAAUGUUUAUCACCUUGUCUGAUUUUCAUUUCAUGCUACCACAACUUUCAAUGUGGCCCUUUCUACUGUGGAUCAGACACAGCUCUGGGAAGUACACUGCACUUCACAUCAGCAGCAGGUAAAACAUACUGUGACGCCAAAGUAAGUUGUUUAAUCUAAACCAUGGUUUCUGCAGGUCUGCAGAAGUGCCUGCUGCUGGUUCACUAGACAGGUACCAGAAUGAACCUGUCCACAUUCCACUCUAUCCAUUAACACUCGAUGUCACAGCUCAGGGCCACUUGCUUCUCAGAAGCAAACAAGACCCAGAAUACCUUAAAUCUAUUCCAAUAAAAGUUCUUUCCCCUUAUGUAUUUACUUUGUGCUUUUCAUCUUUUGUUCCAAUGCAGACCGUAGACAUUUCAGGCUCAGUUUAUUGGAUUCUAGCAGGUUUAUGGGAAAUGCUGACCAUAACCAUGAGCCAGCUGUGUGGGUGGGUGAGUGAGUAACUCAGCUGACAGGCCCCAACUGUUGAAACUUUCCCAGUGGUUAUCUGGUUCCAGACAGCUCCAGCUCCCUGGGUUUGAUGGAGUUAGGUUCAGUUUAAUUCGAAGGGAAGGCUCACUGUUUGUGACAAAUUGUGUGCAAUCAUUGUGAAAGUAAACAGUGAAGUAACUUGGCAUAAUGCAUUUCUGGAGGGUAAUUUAAGUGUUGCAUUUUCUGUAAAUAAUGCUGGCUUUGAUUUGAGAGUAUAAUAAAGAAGGAUCAGUGUAUCAAAUAGUCCAGGUUGGUUGUCCUCUCUGUCUAAACUCUUUGCUAGGAUCGGCACAGAGAGCUUGUUUGUAUUUAUACCAAUUCAAUAUGUCAAAGAGAAAUUUACGGAUUGAAUGUAUCCCGUGUAUUCAAUAAAA